AACACCCAAUUUGAUUCUAAAAAGCUGAGAUCUUUUUGUAAAUUCUAAGAUUACAAUUGCGAAAACCUGAAUCUCAGAAUUCAUUGUGCCAUUACAUGUCACACAAGGCUCUGGACUCGCGCCACUCAAUAGGCUCCUGCACUUUCCACCUCCAUUCAUAGAGACCUUUCCACCUCGACUCCUCCUUCGAUCUCCCGAAACGCUCCUCCACUAGUGGUUUCCUUUCCAAGCGUCCUUGCCUUUCCGAUCGCACCACUUCUUUCUCCAUCGACCUCUCAAAACUAACCAUCAUCGACGACAACAACCCAAUCGGAGCCAACCCCAAGCGAAGCAGCUUCAAGCUGUUCGCAAGAAAACGCCGCCGCCGCGGGUCGAGUCGGUUCAGAUCGAUCUGAACUUCGACCCGCGGGACUCGAAGGUGUUGUUCCGUGGGGGCGUCGGCGGCUUACGGGACGUGCUCUGAUUUUCCGAUGACAAUUGGGACGGACUCGAGUGGGGAGCUUUUUGGGAAUGUUGGGGACGCGAAUUGGGCCUCGGAUGUUAGCGAGGCCCGGAAUCCCAGAAGAGAAAGAGGGGAUAAUGGGAGUGGAGAGGAGUUUAGGCGGCGGCACAACUUGGGAGCGUUGAUGCUCAAGGGAAUGAAUCUGGAUAUGGUAGUGAGCAUGGGUAUCGUGGGGAUGGAGAGUUUGGGUAUGGGGAUGAGGUUGAUGAGGAAGAAGAGGACACUCCCUUGUUGUUUUGGGGAGAUCACUUUGGAGAUGCAUAUUCUAAAAUGGAGAUUGUCGGGGAGAACACGUUCUCUGAUCAGAAAGUCCAUCACAAAUGCCGUGGCAAAAAGAAUGAUUAUAGAACGGUUGAUUCCCUGAGGUAAAUUAAUUUAAUCCAGUUAUUGAAUAAUGGCAUACUCCCUUAUACCACCUUGAUCAUAGUUUAUACCUCCUGGAAGGAUUUGUUAGCUUCUAGAUUGCUACAUGAGAGUAAUUGUAAUGCAUCAAUAACCUUAGAAACCUUGAGCUGUCGAAGAAGAGUGGCGAUAUUGUUCCGGGUCUUUGCAUAGAUGCUUUUAUAGAUUAAGCUUUAGAGAAUUUGAAUAUUCACUAACAUUGUACUUUGUAUCAUGUUUGUGGUGAGAAAGUAAUCUGAAAUGUACUAAUGCAAAACCAAUUUUGGUUC